UAUUACAUUGGCUUGUUGUGAAAUACGUGCAGUUUUGAAUUUUUUGAUCGAGGAGAAGACGGAAAUCAGACUGUAGGAUACGUUAGAGGUCUCAUGACCGGUAAUGGACACUUCACUGAGAGACGAGAAUCCAGCAGUGUCACAUAUGCCACAAACUCUACCAAUACGUCCUCACAAAUUACAUGUGCAGAUGUUGAACGACUGCUAUAUGGAUAUGAUCUCCUUCCAGCUUUGGGGGUGUUUACCAUACUGAUUCUGAUUUUUCUGGAAAAGAGAAGAUACAAAAAGUCUAUUUUGUUUGGAAGACCAGGGCUGCCAGUACCAAUCAACAUUUUGGACGGAAAUAAAAAUGCAUUGCCGACAGCAGCUUGUUUUGGAUGCUGCAUCAAUUAUUUAUUUUACAUUCUAUUUUUCAAAGACGAGUCAGCAAAUGUUGAACCAUGGCUAGCACCCUUUUACCUGUUGCAAUAUGUUAUUUCUAUGGGAAUAUCAUACUACCCACUGUUUGCCUGUGUGAACUCUACAUCCAAAUUUGGACCACCGAUCAUUGGAUUUCUGUACACUUCCAUGUUGUUCCUAAUAUCUCUGACGGAAUAUACAUUUUGUGUAAACAAUGUGAUUGAAUUUUGUGGUUAUUUGCCCUACUUUGUGUGUGAAGGAUACCUUUUGUGUGUAUUUGCAUUCAAACUUGUCUAUCAAAUCUACAAAUACGCUACUGGGAGAGCAAAACAGAAAUCAAAACAUGCAACAUCACCACAAUAUAUUCACGUCCGAGAAUUAUUAGAUAAAGACACAGAGGUGGAGAGCCAAGGGUUGCGAGAUAAGUUGAAGAACAGAACACGGCAGUUAUUGGACGAGACAAAACUAUGUUGUCUGAAGAACAAUCUCCGCCGCUGUACAAUGCGGACCGUGACAGUCAAUUUUGUCGUUUUAUUGAGUUUUUAUCAGUUCUUCAUACUGUUCGUGGAAGCAUCUAAUGUACUAUACAAGUUACAAAACGGCUUCAAUGGAUAUCUGAGGUCACUCAAUGUAUCACUGGGGAAGGUGGAUGUGUAUGUGGAUACUGUCUACUUUAGCUUCAUUGUAGCUCAGGCACUGUCCGUUGUAUACAUCGUUUCAAUGAUGGUUAUGAUCUAUUUCUCUCAGAAACAACAUCUGCUCCAGAUCUGGAGGGGAGACAAGUCCUUCAUUCCAAAGAAGUGCUUAAAUAUGGAUUGUGGUGAAAUGAUGGCCAAGUCCUUAAUGUAUGCCGGAACGCAGGUUUCCCACCUUCUUGGAAGCUACCUGAUAUCCAUUCUGGUGAUUUUUGCUAUAUGCAUGCUAAUUGCAUUUUUGGUCGUUCUUCCGCUGAUGGGAAAAGUUCCUAACUCAUUUCUUCAACCUGUGAAAUUCUUAAUCCCUUCUGUGGUGGCAGCCUUUAUCUUUGUUUUGUCAUUGAGAAAACUGACGGAGCGGUUAUUUCUACAGAGGCAUUGGGUAUCAUCAGAAAAUGGAAAUGGAGUCCGAAGGGUGUUGGCUCUGAAUAAUAGGAAAGUCUACCACAAUUUUGCUUUCUUUUUAUUUUUCUUCUACAUCGUGCUCGGACUUUUCAAAUGCUUUAAACGUGUGGCAUACUCUCUAGUGAUCGGAUUGAUAUUUGUUCCAAGACUUGACAGGAGCGUCUUGGUGUCAGGAUUUGAACAUUAUGAUAACGGAUAUAUGAUCUAUAUAAGUCUUCUGAACGUGGAACUGGCUCACUGUCAUCCAGUGCUACGGGUGUUCUGUGAAGUGUUGUUGAAAACCAUCAGCAAUCGUGGUGAACUAAAAGACUUCAGUUUAUCUGCAGCGAAUUCAAUUGACAUCGAGUCAGUGAAAACUAGUUAUCGCUCAAUGAAGAGUGUGAGUGCUAGAACUUACAAUAACCAGAUUUGGAAUAAAUGGAUGAAAAUCCUGACUUUGAACAACAACCCAUCACUAUGCAAAACAUCGAAAACAAAUAACAAUUUUGAACCACCAAGGCUGACGAAAACAGAACUUGUGUGAUAAAUGUUGGUUAUUAUCCGUGUGUUAAAACUAAAUCUUGCUAAACAACGUUUGAUGAGAAAAGUAUCGAAAACAAAAUUGACUUCAUUAGCUUUAUUCAAUUCACGUUCCACCGAAGUCAAACUGACUGAAUUUUCUUUGCAGGUUAUAGUCCAGUAGCUUAGUUUUCCAACGUUUUGAAACAUGGCAGCAUUAUUUGUUCGUCGUCAAGUUAUAAACACGAAAAGAAUACUCAAAUGAGUGGACUCCAUUCCUGUGGCUUUUGAUUGAUGACAAUUAUAUCUAAAUAUUACCUACACUGUAUAUAGCAUAUCCCGUUCAUUGGUGUAAAAUUAGAACCUAUCUUCGAUAGUUUUGUGCACAUUCAUUGUUCAAUAUUUAGUUUCAUGAUUUUCCCACCUUUUAUCUGGAAAGUCUGCACCAUAAUUUAGAUUUAUGUAGGGGUAUAUCCAUUACAUUUAAUUGUCAUAGAUUUCUUUCCAAUGUGGACACGUAGUCACAACAAUUUCUUCAAUUGUCUUUGUGUUACACAGAUAACCAAUCUGUUCUCUCUCGAUCAAUCUGUUAUUUCAAAAUGUUUGCCAAACUCUUUAUUUUGCAUUCCGUAAGGGAUUUAUGAGAUCGGCCACUGUUCGUUAUAUUCUCUUUUUAUCAUUACUUCCGGUUUGUGACUAUAUGUGGAACAUUUCGUUUUGCUACCGUGAUUAUUUCCCUUUACGGGAGUAAUGUGUCGUACUGUGUAUUUUUUGUAUCGAUGUUUUUGAUUCUCAAUUAAAACUAACGUACAUAUCUUAGUAAAAUAACA